AUGACAGAGAAUACUACAGUAACAAAUGUUAAUUGGGCAGAUUUCUCAGAUGAUGAAGAUUAAGUUUAACCUAUUGUUGAGAAAACUUCAGAAUAAGAAAUUAAGCCAACUGUUCAAUCAUUGGAAUAAAAUAAGGAGUUCAAGAAAUAAACAAAAAAGCCAUAUCACAAAAUAAUAAACCAGAAUGGGUUAAGUUAAAAGAGUUAUAAAAGAAAUAAGCAGAAAAAUAUAAAAAGAGUAAUAAGCAGCAUUAGAGGCAAGAAGAAUUAAACCAAGUGUAAUGAUGCAUUUAAAUUCUGAGAAAAAAAAUUUUUAAGGUCUAAUGUAUAAUAGUGAUGAUGAAAAUGAAUAAUAAGAACAAUAGAUAAUAUAAGAGGAAACUACAACCUAAUAAACAUUAGAAUAAUAAGCUGAGUAAAAAAAAGAAUAAGUAGAAUAAUAUGAAAGUAUUUUAUUGUUGUUAAUACAAAGUAUUUAAAUAAAAACAGUAAUAGGUAGAUAAAUAGUAAUAACCAAAAAAGUAAUAAUAAAAAAAGAAAGAGACAGAAGAUAUAGAUGCAAUUUUAAAUGAAUUAGGUUUUACUUAAAAAGAAGAUGUUAAAGUAGAAGGAGUUUAAGAUAAAAAAAAGAAAAAAGAAAAAUUAAAAUAAAGAUUUAAUACAUACAGAAAAAUAAUCAGAAUAACCUUAAUAGUAAUAAUAAUUAGUCUUAUAAUAAACUGAUUAAAAAAAUAACCAUGAUAAGGUUGACAUAAAAAAGGUUUUAGCAGAAAAGGCAAAAAAAAAUUAAAUUGGCACUUAUUAAGUUGAUAAAGUAUAAUCAAAGAAAUAUUAUAGGAUUUAGAGAGAGUAAAACAAGAAAUUGAAAAGAGAAACUAAAAAUCGAAAAAAAAACAAGAAAUAAGAUUUAGAUCUUUGA